CCCCACUCAGGCACACACACUCUCCUCUACUCAGAGCUCACCGCGUCCCACCGCACUUACACGCGCACAAACUCUCUCCGACACCGCUCUGGUACCUUACACACCAUGCGUACCUGUCCAGAACUAUUAAACCUUGCCGUGCUGGAUUAUACUCAUGCGUCAGACCGCUGAUACCGACUCAGACCGCUCUCCACGGAUAUUCUGACCAACUGAGAUUUGACUUUUGGUUUCUUGCGUCCCUUGUUUUAACGGUGGAAACUGUGCGUCGCGAAAAAGGGUUUACAAGCAGAGGCUGUGCCAUGAGCGCUGACCUUUGAGUCCAACCCACGAGCACAACAGUUCUUGGCAUUGUCCCCCCUCCCCUUCAUCCACUGUCCCACCAUGAGGAGCUGCUCUCACGUCCUGCCUCUCGGUGUGCUCACAGCUCUGCUUCUGUCUCAGGUCUGCUCCGGCAUCAAAUGGCUAGCCCUGUCACACACCCCUGCGUCCUUACACAUCAACCAGACCCAGAGCUGCAAGCUGCUGCCUGGCCUGGUCUCCAGCCAAGCUAAUCUGUGUCGGAACAACAUGGAGCUGAUGCAGACAAUCAUCCAGGCUGCCCGUGAGGUCAAGAAGACGUGCCAGAAGACGUUCGCUGACAUGCGCUGGAACUGCUCCUCCAUCGACAUCCCCGCUGAUGCCCAGAAGUACCGUCCGGAUCUGGACAGAGGGACCAGGGAGGGAGCCUUCGUCUACGCCCUGUCUGCUGCCACCCUCAGCCACACCAUAGCCAGGGCGUGCACGUCUGGAGACCUGCGCCUGUGCUCUUGUGGCCCCAUUCCUUCAGAGAUACCGGAGCCUGGCUAUCGCUGGGGGGGAUGCGCUGACAACCUCCACUACGGUUUGAUGAUGGGCUCCAAGUUCUCCGAUGCCCACAUGAAGAUGAGACGCUCAGGGUCGGCUGCCAACAAACUCAUGCAGCUGCACAACAGUGAAGUCGGACGCCAGGUCCUGAGACAGUCAGUGGUCAUGAAAUGUAAAUGCCACGGUGUGUCCGGCUCGUGUUCCAUAAGGACCUGCUGGAGAGGUCUGCAGGACCUAAGGGAGAUUGCGAUGGACCUGAAGACUAAAUACCUGUCUGCUACCAAAGUGGUUUAUCGACCCACAGGGACACGCAAGCAGCUGGUGCCCAAAGACAUUGACAUCAGGCCAGUGAGGGAGAACGAGCUGGUCUACCUGCAGAGCUCCCCCGACUUCUGUGCUAAGAAUGAGAAGCAGGGCUCCGUUGGCACGCAGGACAGGCAGUGCAACAAAACGUCCCUCGGCAGCGACAGCUGCGACCUGAUGUGCUGUGGCCGUGGCUACAACCCGUACACGGAGAAGCUGGUGGAGCGCUGCCACUGCAAGUACCACUGGUGCUGCUACGUCACCUGUAAGAAGUGCGAGCGGAUGGUGGAGCGAUACGUGUGCAAGUGAGCCCGCGUUGGCUGCUGGUCCGACCAGCCAAAGCACUACAGAAACCAAUGGCUUCUAGCAUGUCUUUCACAACACAGCACGCGGUGGUCAACGCUUGUCUCACUAUUGUUUUUGUAUCAAAUCUCCAAACUGCUAAAUGGGCUUUUUUUUUGCUUCACAUACCUGGAUGUGGAGGAUGUCGUACCAUUGCAAGUCGAAGACCGCCGUCCUUCUAGGUAUUUCCUCCUUCUUGUUAACAAUUAUAAGCCCUCCCCAAACAGGGAGAUUGAAAGUCUAUUUUAUUAUAUCUCAGUUAAAAAAUAAAUGCUAUUGGAGUUUAUGCGGGAGUAGAAGGAUUAUCUUUUCUCCUCCCUAGACAGACUUACAUUUGGCUUGGUUCAAUGGAAAUUCAAGCGCUGGGAUGGAUCGAUGCGGUACUGCUAUUUUAUUUUUUAAAGGUACUUGGACUAAUAGAAAAAUGGACAAUAGAGGAAAAGGGAACACAAAGGGAACUUCAGCUACUUUUUCUGUCAUGGAAGAUGUUUGUGGACAGUUUGGACUGUCAUGACGUGCCUAUGGAUUGAAAGAAGAGUAAGUGAGAAAUGGUGCCUUUUCUCCUUUUUGUCUAACAUGCUCUAUUUUUCUUAACAUAUGAGAUGAACUCAUGGAUGUUCACAAACCACUUUUGUGUGGAUGUACAUACUGUUAUUUUGUAUACUGAAAUAAAGAGAAGUAUUUAUGAAAUAAUUAAAUCAUCUUGACAUGGA